AUGACUCUACUCACAUCAGCAUAUAAAAGAGUCAUUGGACACACACCGCGUUUAUUUUGGAGAAGCAUUAGCAGUUCUCCCAAGACAAUUAAAGAUUUUCCUUGGUUACUUUCCAAGGACAAGCCUCGAAUUACAAACUACCCUUAUGAAACAACAGAUCCUAUCAUGGGCAUGAUUCCUAUCAGCAUUCAGCGUAUGGCUACCAACUGGGUAGCCACGCGUAUACUUCAACUCAACACUGGUAUGAAUUACUUUCCAGACCAGUUCUUAGUGGGAGCUAGUCUGGCGACACGUAAAGCCUUACAACUACUUUCUGAUCAGUUGCAACACCCAGAAGAGCCAAGAGAAGAAAUAGAGCAUAUAUUUGGACCUGCUCUUUUACAUAGAUAUACAGAAUCCGCGCCUUCAGAUGCAAACAUAUCCAUUCAGCUACCUCAAAUAUAUGAUGUAAAUGUAGAUGAUGUCUGGGUAACCAUGGGAAAUCCUGCAGCUUAUUCAGACGACAAUGAUAAAUAUGACAUCUUUCGAUGGGCAACCUUACAAUUUGGAGUAAAUAAAGGAAAAAACGAAGAUCAAGAAUCGUUUCAAGAAUACAAGCAGCGCAUUAGAGAAAGUAUUAUCGAGGGCAUUCAAGUAAGCGUUGAUGUCGUGGUGGAUGCUGAUGUUGUAUAUCAAGCGACACUUAAGGAAACUGACGAGAUACUACUACAUGAUGAAGGAAGACGCGAUUUACGUAUUCGAUUUGCUACACCGUAUUUUCAACCUGCCAACAAGAUGGUGCGUUCGAGAGACAGUGAGACAGGAGAACCAGUGAUCAAUUGGAAUUGGCGUAUUGUAGAUAUAGAUCAAUUAAUAGAAAAGGAAGCAAUGGACAGUCAUGAAGAGAAAUGAAGUGUUUAUUUUUCUAUACUGUUUAUAUGUAAAAUAAUUUUUUCACAAUAAACAAAAAG